UAAUUACUUUUUCAAAGUAACUUGCCCAACACUGAUAAAAACUUAAAGGAGACCUAACAAGGUUUAAAAUUAAUUAAAACAAUGCAGUAAAAGUAUCAGAGAACAAAAAUCAUAUAAAUAGAGAAUUAAAUAACUAAUAAAAUAGAGAUAAUAGAUUAAGUAUAUGUCAGUUGCAUCACAUUUACUAUAUUACUAUGGUAAAUAACAUACCGAUAGACUGACAACUGUACAAUAAAUAUAUAAUAUAAAUAUAUAAUAUAUAUCUUUGUGCAUAUCGUGUGGAAAUUAUCUGUUUGUUAAUGACUUUUUAGGAUUUCUUAACCUGGAAGAUUGAGUACGCAUCAAGACAGCAACCUAUAUAUUUUUUUUAUUUUAGAAAACAUAGUUUAGAAUUCAACUUUAUUGUCAUUGCACAUUGUUUCUUCAUGCUGGUCAAAUUCAACAGUAAGAUACUGUCACUACACUAACAUCUUCGCUUGUAAAAAUGAUGAUGAUUUUUGAUGCUAAGACAUGUUUCACACCUUCAACACACACACACAUGCAGACAUGUGUGCAUUUAGAGGAGAUAAAUGUGCAACAAAAUUUUGAGAGGAGAGAAAGAUAGGAAGUGUUAAAUGAAAACCGCUUACAGAUUGCAAAGUGAUGCAUAAAACAGGCAAACUGCCCCCCUUAAAAUGAUUACAUUUUACUUUACUUCUAUGUGUCAUGCACGCUCUGAGGAAGUUUCUGCUCUUCUCUUCUUCUCUUCAGGCUAUGACAUGCCUUAUAAAAAAAUGUAAGAUUUCAAAAUAUGUUGUGAAAAUAUUCUCUCUCAAAUCUUCUACAUUUCUUCUUGGGCACUAGGAAGUGAAAUAAAUAAAUAAUAAAUAAAUAAAUCUCUAAUAUGUGUACUUACUGCACUAUGUGUCCAUUUUUGAAGUUCAUCUCAAACUUCUAGAAGCAACUACACAUUCAAAUGUAAUAUACUAGCAGGAAAUAACAGGAAAGAGGCUUGAUAGAGAGAGCAUACUGUAGUGAUGUUAAAAGACUUAUUUAAUCAACUGUCACUGUUGCACUUUUCUGUUGCACUGUUGUGUCUGCACCCUCUUGUGUCUUCUGUUCUGUCUUUCUUUGUUUUUUGCAUCUGACAUGUGACUGUGAAGGUGUAACUGGAAAAAGUGGUUUCAAUGACUCACAGUUUUUCACAGGUUUUGGUACUCUUUGGUGUUUCACACCUUUGCUUGGUUUUACAAUAUAUAUAUAUAAAAAUUAAAAAUUCAUUACAUUUAUAAUUCAUUACAUUUAAACUAAUUUGGUUCAAUUAGUUAAUUAGUUAGUUCAAGUUUAUUUAAGAGAAAAAAUAAAAUCACAUGUUUAGUGGAGAUAGAUGAUUGAUGUGGGAGGAGUGACUGAUAGGAAGUGUUGAUGAAAAGCCACAGAAACAUUGCAAGGUGAUGCAUAAAGCAGACAAACUGCCCCCCUAAACAACGACAUUCUACUUGACUUCCACGCAUCAUGCACGCUCUACAGAAGUGUCUUCUAGUCACAGCUGUGACAUGCCUCAUUCAAAAUGUUUUUCUUCAUUUAUUUUCAGCACUGGGAAGUGAAAUCAUAAAUGGCAAAAAGGCUGAGGAAAAGUCCAUGCAGUAUAUGGCAUCAGUACAAAACAACAAAAAACACACAUGUGGAGGAUUCCUUGUCAGUAAAGACUUUGUAAUGACUGCUGCGCACUGUCGUUUUGAGAAUCCUAAAUCCUUAAGUGUUGUUCUGGGCACCCAUGAUCUCAGGAAGGAAAAUAAGAAAAUGAGAUAUGGAGUAAAAAUGAUCUGCAGACACCCUGCCUUCAAGGAAGUUGCAAAUGGGAAUGACAUCAUGCUCCUCAAACUGUCUAAGAAAGUUCCCCUGGGUAACAAAAAACCAAUUAAGCUAAUUCCACUUCCAAUUCAAAAACUAAACCUGGAGGAAAACGAGAUCUGCAGUGUAGCUGGAUGGGGGCCCACAGAACCUGGUAAAUCUGGUUAUGUUAAUGAGCUGCAAGUGAUGGAUGUUCCCAUCAUUAACAAGGACAAGUGUCAGAAGCUGUGGAGAAGAACUUUAAAAAAUGUUAUUUGCACCGGUGGAUACAAAGCAAAGAGUGGAAUCUGUCAGGGUGAUUCUGGUGGGCCUCUCGUAUGUAACGAGUCGGCUGUUGGCAUUGUUUCCUUUAACAACAACAAUAGCUGUAAAUAUCCAGAUGUCCCAAACGUCUAUACAGACAUAUCGCAAUUUCUUCCUUGGAUCACAGAUAUUCUCAAGAAAAAAAAAUGCAAAGGGUAAAAAAUAUUUUCCAUGUUAUUGCGUGUGUAUUGUAAGACUAUUAGGCAAGUGACAUAUGAGCUGUGUAAACUGCUUAAAUUCAGCAAUAUCUAACAUUAACUGUAUCUAACAAAAUAUCUAACAAUAUCUAAGCAAUAUCUAACAAAAACUGCUGAUGACUCUUUCAUUGUCAAGCUUACAAAUAGAUCAGUGACAUAGUAGCUUUGAAGUGCACAAGUUAGUAUCACGUAUGAAAAAAGUCAAAGGAGGUUUUCCUGUGGUUCGUUGGUUGUAUUACAUAAACUAACGAGAACUAAUAUCCACUGACAAGUCAGAAAGCUCAUAAACAGUCAUAUCCAGGGCAAUUUCAUCUCAUUUUACUAAAGCCUGCCCGAUACUGGAAACAUGGACAGGCACUUCACCAGGGCACAAACUCCUCAAUCCAUAUCAUGAGAUAAAAAUGUCAUCAGAACAAAUACAUUUUUAAAAAAUGUAUAGUUUUGUUUGACAUCAGAAUUGUACGUGGCUAUUGGGAAGUCAAGUGACUUCACAAAAUUUUGAUAAUAGACUAAUUUCCUGUAUUUAGUAGUCUUUUUUCACAUUUUAUUUUACAUCAGUUUAUAAUGUGAAUGCUGUUAUUUAUGAAAAAGAAACCAAAAUCCAG